UUGGAUAGGCUGUUCUCGUUACUUCAGAAUUCCCCAAACUCCACUUUACGGUCUGCAGCUGCUAAACAAUUGGGGGAAAUUGCAAAAAAGUCUCCUGAAUGUGUCGAUAUACUUUUUAGUCGCCUUAGAAAUCUGUUAUGGCACAAGUCAUGGACAUCAAGAACGGCAGCAGCUGAAGCCAUACGAGCUAUUGUCCAUAACUUGCCUGUGUGGGAACCAGUUGUUUCGAUGACCUCUAAGUCAUAUUCCUCAUCCAACGAAGAUGGAUUUCUUUCUUUGUCUACACUUUGUCUGAGUAAAGUCCUAUCUCAAGGUGUCCGUCUUUACAGUGUCGACAUGCAUGAUCUUUCCCGAUCAAGUUCAGAAAAAAAUGGAGUUCAUUCAGAUCCUUCAGGUUGUUUUUGUUUUUCCCCACCAGUCCCCAGGCUUUUUCUUAACAAACGACUAGGCUUAGGGGAUGCUGAUGUUAACUUGAGCGCACUUGGGCCGGAUCCUGCUUCUGAUAUUCUCGAGACGUGCCUCUCUCCCGCCGAUUUCUUGGAGCAAGGCAGUCCUACUUCUUCAUGUGAUUUAACAGAUGUUGAGACUUGCAUCAGAUCAACUUUGAAGCGACGAGGUGAAACCCAGUAA